GAUACUUCAGUAAAGGUAGGUUGUAGGUAUAAGCAGUAGCCCACAUGGAGGGGUGCCACCGGCGGCGGCAUGAUGGUCCUCCUAUCCCGGCGCAUGGUGUGGCCGUCGACUUCGCCGCCGCCGGCGACCUACGGGAACUACAGGUAGAUAUUGGUGGCGUGAUCAUGCAAGCAAGCAAGGCAGCAGCUAGGAUACAAACACGCAGAUGAUGCUCGUCAAGCACGGUGGCGUCCGCGUCGUGUCCCGGCGCACGGUGCGCCCGUUCACGCCGCCGCCGAUGGUGAACGGCAACAGCUGCCAUCCGGCUAAGGAGGAGGUCGAGGUGAUCCACUUGACGCCGUGGGACCUACGCCUGAUCAGCAUCGACUACAUCCAGAAGGGCAUCCUCUUGCCCAAGCCUCCGGUCUCCGGCGACGUCCUCGUCAACGCCCUCGAGUCAUCGUUCUCGCGUGCCCUCGAGCGGUUCUACCCGUUCGCCGGCCGGCUUGCCUCCGAGGAGCGCGGCGAUGGGACCAUGUCCGUGUUCUUGCGGUGCACCAGCGAAGGCGCCGAGUUCGUGCACGCCGUGGCGCCAGAGGUCGCCGUCGCGGACAUCGUCUCCUCGCUGUACACGCCACCGGCAGUUUGGGCGUUCUAUUCGAAUUCGUUCGACCAGGUUCUCGGCGCCGACGCCGCCAUCAAGUCCCUCCCUUUGGUGUCCGUGCAGGUCACCGAGCUCGCCGACGGCGUAUUCAUCGGCAUGACGCUGAACCACUCCGCCGGCGACGGCACCGCAUUCUGGCACUUCCUCAACACCUGGUCGGAGAUCCACCGACGAGCCGGAGGCGGCGUUGGCGUCAGCGACGACGACCUGCGCGAUCUCUCGACGCCGCCUCCGGUGCUCCAGCGAUGGUUCGUCGAGACCUGCCCCGUGCCCAUCCCCAUGCCAUUCAGCAAGCUUGAGCAUAUCGUGAAGAAGUUCGAGCGAACGGCCGUGCAAGAAUGCUUCUUCACCUUCUCCGCCGCGAGCGUCAAGAAGCUCAAGGCUCAGGCGAACGCCGAGAUCGCCGGCACGGACACUGCCGCCGCCACCAUCUCCUCGCUCCAGGCCGUCCUCGCCCACCUCUGGCGCGCCGUGUGCCGAGCCCGUCGCCUCCCUCGAGAACAGGUCACGUUCUACUCCGUCGUCGUCGGAUGCCGGGGCCGCGUCAACGGCAUCCCGCCGGGCUACGUCGGCAACGCCAUGGUGUUCGGCAAGGCGGUGGCCACCGCCGGCGAGAUCGAUGACAAGGGUCUGGGCUGGACGGCGUGGUUGCUGAACCGCGCCGUGGCCUCGUUCGACGAGGCAAGCAUGAGGGAGUCGCUGGAGUCGUGGGUCCGGGACCCGGACUUCACGUACAUGGGCAACCUGUCCUCGGCCGGCACGGCGCUGGUCACCGGAAGCUCGCCGAGGUUCGACGUGUUCGGCAAUGACUUCGGGUGGGGGAAGCCGGUGGCGAUCCGGAGCGGUGCCGGGAACAAGGCCGACGGCAAGGCGACGGUGUUCGAGGGUCCCGAGCGGGGAGGGAGCAUCUCUCUAGAGGUUUGCAUCGCGCCGGACGCGCUCAAGAGGCUCGUCGCCGACGAGGAGUUCAUGGACGCGGUGACGACUGAUGAGCUUGCCGGCGUAAGGGUUGACCGUGAAUUAAUCACAUAUAAUUGACAAGCUGGCAUGCAUUUACCUGCAUGCAGAGAAGGUGAGCAUUAAAGUUUGUUGCAUGUGCAUGUACGCCGCCUCAACCGUUGAUGCAGAAUCAAAUAUCGUGGUCCAUUUAGUUAAAUAAUACUCCACUCCGUUCUAAACUAUCUAACCUAGAAAAGUCAAAACGAUCUAUGAUUAGAUCUAUGAUUUAGAAUGGAGGAAGUAUACAUGUACUUGUUCUUCAGUGGUUCUUGCAUUAUAGUCAAACAAUUUGUUAUGAAGGUUCUUGCAUUAGAGUCAAACAAUUUGUUAUGAAGUUCUUAAGGUUGUGUUCAAGGACGUGUCACCACGAUUAUUGCUAGUUCAAGUUACAAGGAAAUGUGCUUACUUUGGAAAAGGUGAAUUAUAAUUCCAUUAGCAGUCGUAUGGAAAGUUAUUGUUAUUGAGAUCAAUAAUCUUUGGAGAGCUAAUUUACCGGUCGUAUGGAAAGUUGUUGUUA